AGCCUGCGCCCUCUCCGGCUUAAGCAAUACUUGCCUAGGAGAGGUUGAUGGGUAAUGAGCACACGGCUCAUCUCUGACUGGAAGGCUCAAACGCAACACAGUGCACUCACCGCUCAGACCUUAGAGAGGAAGAGAGAAGACAGACGAGAGAGAGAGAGAGAGAGAGAGAGAAAACAGAGAUAAGAGGAAAUCAGAGCAGGGUAGUAGCUCAGUGUUACAACAGUGGUUAGACCUGUCUUGUACAUCCAGUGUGUGACCGGACACUGCUGUGCAGUCCCAGGAGAGGGGAAAGCCUCAGACAGGCACUGUCUGGUGUGGUUAGCGUGCUGCAUUACAGCACAGCGAGGAGAAAAGGUAAAGAUAACUGCCUGCUCCCAGUUGCUGUACGCUGUCCCGGUCGUUCCCCCUGCUGCUGUGAGGGGUUGGCUCUUUGGUGACAGGAAGAGCAGAGCUUGCGAUGCGAACGGAGCGCUGAGUGGAGUAUGCUGCAGACGAUAUACGAGGGCGAGUCGAGUUCCUCCAACACAACAGACGACGGCCACCAGCUCUUCCUGGACCAGCACGACAUGCACAACGUUAACAACUCAGUGGACAUUAAGCCAGAAGUACCUUUGGACCCAGCGUCUCCAUUGGACCUGCGCACUGACCUGAGGAUGCUGGGACCUGGCUCUGACCCGGGUGUAUGGGAGCGCCAGCUUCAGCAGGAGCUGCUCCUCAUCCAGAAACAGCAGCAGAUCCAGAAACAGCUUCUGAUCAGCGAGUUCCAGAAGCAGCACGAGAACCUCACCCGCCAGCACCAGGCCCAGCUCCAGGAACACCUCAAGCUGCAGCAGGAGUUGCAGGCCAUGAAGCAGCAGCAGCAGGAGAUGGUGGAGAAGGAGAGGAGGCUGGAACAGCAGAGCCAGCAGGAGAAGGAGCAGGAGAGGCACCGGAGGGAACAGCAUGUCCUCGGUCUCAGCCUCAGAGGCAAAGAGCGUGCACGAGAGAGUCUCACAGGUGCGGUGGCCAGUAACGAGGUGAAGCAGAAACUCCAGGAGUUUCUGUUGAGUAAAUCCAACAAGGACCUGUCCACCGCCGGAGCCACUCACACCCUCAUCCACCACCCGAAGUUAUGGUACACGUCAUCCCACCACACACACUCUCUGGACCAGAGUUCAUCCCCGCUGGGUGGCAUGUCUCCCAACUGCCAGUACACACUCCCUUCCCCUCAGGACAGCAAGGACGACUUCCCCUUGAGGAAAACAGCGUCAGAGCCCAACCUAAAGGUGAAGUCCAGACUGAAGCAGAAGGUAGCAGAGAGGAGAAGCAGUCCCCUGUUGAAGAGGAAAGACGGCAACAUCACAACGCCCUACAAGAAGAGGGCUCUGGAAAUGAUGGACUCUAAACCCACCAGCAGUGCCCCAGGUUCGGGGCCCAGUUCUCCGAUCGGAGCCUCCAGCGCCCUGGGAGCUGAGAACGGACCCUCCUCUCUCCCCACCACCACAAAAACCGAGCGCUGGCCGUCCCAGCCCAGGUUAUUCCGUCCCGAGGGCUCCAUGUCCAACCUGCUGAGUCUGUAUACUUCUCCCUCCUUACCCAACAUCACUCUGGGCCUCUCCUCCACCUCCUCCCCGAUCAGUGCCGCCAUGGGCCUAAAGGAGAAGUCUGGGGAGGUCAGGCACGGUCUGCCAGGGCAGCUCAUCGGGCCGGUGCCCAUGCCCACGGUGACGCCAACGGAGGCCAAAGUGUCCCCCAGCCACCAGGCCCUGCUCCAGCACCUCCUCCAGAAGGAACAAAUGAGGCAGCAGAAGAUCCUGUCCUCUGGUCAAGGCUCCAUGCCUGCCCACCCCCACUCACCCCUGGCAAUGAAGGACCGGCUGUCGGCCAACAGCAGGCCCAAGCUGCCCAAGCACCGACCCCUGAACCGGACCCAGUCGGCCCCUCUGCCCCAGAGCACACUGGCCCAGCUUGUCAUCCAGCAGCAGCACCAGCACUUCCUGGAGAAGCAGAAACAGUACCAUCAGCAGAUCCACAUCAACAAGUUGCUGUCCAAGUCCAUCGAGCAGCUCCGUCAGCCCGGCUCCCUGGUCAACCCACAUCUGCAGGAGUCAGAGGAGGAAGCAGAGGAGCACAGUAGCAGGAGGACAGAGGACGAGAGGAUGGACAUUCAGGAGGACAGGCUGCCCCCUGGCGGUGUGAUUCGGAAACACACCCUGAGCUCCAGCAGCAACGUCUCUCAGGGAGAGCAGUCCUCCGUCGGUGAGGCCCGCCAUCGCCUCGGGGUCAUCAAGGUCAAAGAGGAGCCAAUUGACAGUGAGGACGAGUCCCUGUCCAAUCAGACCAUUGCGGUGGAGCAGAGCGCCUAUCUCCACCAGGUCAAAGGUCGGCUGGUGAUAAGAGCCAUGAUCUGAGGGAAUGGCAGGAGAUAUAGGAGAUCACACACUUCAACAUUCAGAGAUACACUAACACACACGCACACAGACAUGUCUGUGCCUGUGAAUUAACACAUGCACUCAUGCACACACACACAAACACAUGCACACUGAGCAGAGAUGUGAUCCUGUCUCAGUGAAGUGCCCCCCCCCCCCCCCAACCGGACUCUCUGUCUGUGAACUUUGUGAAGUGAUCUCUGGUGUAAAGUGUGUUUCAACGUGGUGUAUAUAAUACGAAGAGAGAAGACACAUUUUACUAGAAGAAUGCUCCUUCUUUUACUUCUAAGGAACUGCUUUGAUUGUUUUCCGGUUCUUCUCCAAGAGCGUAAUGUAUACCGUGAAUUUAGCGUCAUAGAAGAUACUAGAAGGGAGGGAAAGUUUAACUGUUGUACAGUAUGUGAAUGCCAUUUUAUGUUCUGAUAUUGUCACAUUUUGCCAUCAAAUCACUUCCACUUUAACAUGCUGACCUAUUCCCAUUGUUUCAUUAAAAAGGAAAGUGAAACACCCCAUUCUCCACAAAGCUGUAAUGUUCUGUGUUCUGCGGUCUGAAAAUGAAAAUAAUUGGGCAUGCUCGUGUAUGAGAAAGAAUGUAUUCUUCAACCUUAACACAGCAUCACAUCCCCCUGGGACUGACUAUAGCUCAAACUGGGACUCUAGCUCAAACUGAGACUCUAGCUCAAACUGGGACUCUAGCUCAAACUGGGACUCUAGCUCAAACUGGGACUCUAGCUCAAACUGGGCGGUUUAUUGGUGGAUCUGCCAAGGGGUACUGGAUGAAUGGAUGGAUGAAAGGAUGGAUGACUGGAGGAAGGGCUGGACUGAUUGACUGAGGGAUGGAGGGUGGAUGGAGGGUAAGAGAAAGGAAGGGAUGAAGCGAUGGAUUACCUGACGGAAGGAGGGAGAGAGUGAAGGAGGAAGGGAAAGAGUGGUGGUGGGAGACGAUUCCAUCAGAUACUUGGAUCGGAUCCCUUAGGUUCCGACCCACUAGUGGUGGGCUAUGUAGGGAAUAAGGUGCUUUGGACACUGCCAGUCUGGGAGGCCGAAGUCCUUGUUGGUCAGGGUCCUGUGUCUGGGACCUCAUCCUCCCUCCUCUCUGGGUCCAGCUUUCAGCAAAGGACUCACUGACGGGAGAGAAAGAGAGAGGGAGACAGAAAGAGAGGGUUAGAGUAGAGGGCCGGGCAGGAAAUGCCUUCUAGAAGCCAGGAGUGGGAAUGAUUCAUGUGUGCAGGAAUGUUAGGGAGAGGAGGACCCGGGGUUGUCGGAGUCCAAGGGGCCCGGCUUGAGAAUUGAUUUACAGUCAAGGCAAAUUACAAAGUGAAGUGGGGAUAUGGUUAAGGGAGCCCCCCCCCCCCCCAAUUUUUUUUUUUUAGGGAAUGGCUUCCUCUAUACUCCCAGUGACAUACUUACCUCCACACGCAGGUUUGAUGUUACUUAAAUAAUAUAUAAGUUAGGAUGGGACCCAGUUCCUUUUCUCCUGGCGGUGUGCCCCCCACCCCCUGUUUAAAGAGCCCGAUGUAACACGUUGACUCUGGUCUUAAACUGGUCAGUCUAUUGUACAGAUGUGAACCUUCUUUCCUGUUUCUUGUAGUGUCAACGUGUAAAAUGUUAGUAUGUGUUUGUGUUUCUGUGAGUGACGUGUCACACAACGAGCAUUCAGGUCAACUCAUUCUAACGUUUCCAGUGAAUGAAUGACUUACAAUCAGAACAGUUUAAGUCUUGUUCUCUUGCUCUAUGGCUCUGGUUGUAAUGGAGUCCCUUCUCUCCCAGUGGGGGGUCCAGGUAUUCUCUUCAUAGCUGUUUGCGUUUGUUCUCUUUUCUUUCUGCCUGGUGUUACAAAAGCUUUCUUUUAUAAAAUAAAGUUAAUUCCCUUACUGUGCAA